AUGGCACGAAAACUAAGCGGUCUUCAGCGCGAAGUUCUUGCGCUUUACCGCGAGUCGAUCAGAGCUAUCUAUAAGAAGCCUGUAGAGGCACAACCCAACUUCCGAGAAUUUACUCGCCGCAACUUUCGGAAGUAUUCAGGCAUGUCGCGCAAAGAGUUUGGAGCGAUUGAGCACUUGAUUCGCAAGGGCAAGAAGAUGCUGGAGCUCUACACGAAUCCCGGCGUGCGCAAUAUUGUUCUGUGA